GGCAUCUGUUUUCACGGAAAAAAGGCGUGCAAGUAAAGGAAGAAACAACAACAAUGGCUAUUGGAAGUACUGGCUGUGUGGCCUACGAUCCAAGGCAACGAUCAGCUUAUGGAUAUGUGCCUUCUCUCGCUGCUGGCAUUGUCUAUUGUGUACUCUUUGGACUCUCUGGGCUUGCGCACACUUUCCAGGCUAUUAGGACACGGGCACUCUGGAAUCUGGUCUUUGCUAUUGGAUGUUUGACCGAAGUUCUAGGCUGGGCUGCUCGCUCCUGGUCGAACCAAUGCCCCUACAACGCAAACGCCUUCCUGAUGCAAAUCUGCACCUUGAUUAUCGCACCCACAUUCUUCACAGCAGGCAUCUACGUAAUCCUCGGCCGCAUGAUCGCAAUCGCCGGCCCCGGAGUCUCCCCCAUCGGACCAACCUGGUACCUCUGGAUCUUCUGCACCAUCGACGUAAUCUCCCUCGUCGUCCAAGCCAUCGGUGGUGGAUCUGCCGCUGUGGCAUUCAACGCCGAACCACCCGGCAACACCAAAAUCGGCACCGACAUCAUGGUAGCGGGUAUUGAUUUCCAACUCGCUUCCGUAAUAAUCUUUAGCGUUCUCUUCUUUCUCUUUCUCUACAGAGCUGGUGUGAAGAGAAGUAUUCCGGCGUUUAGAGAUGAUGGGGAUAUGAAGUUGUUGGUGGCGGUGACGAGUCUUGCGAUUUUGCUGAUUGUCAUGAGGAGCAUUUAUCGUACUGUUGAGUUGGCUGGUGGAUGGACGGGUAGGGUUAUUGAGACUGAGAGGUACUUUGUUGCGUUGGAUGGUGCGCCGAUGGCUGCGUUGGUUAUCGCUUACAACAUUCUUCAUCCUGGAGUUUUGAUCAACCGGAUCAUCGCUCGCAACGGCAUUCAGAUGGCAGAGAAGCCGAGAAAGAGAAGAGGAAAGAAGGAGCAUGAGCAGCCAAUCUCGGAGGACUCUUCUGCUUGAAGAAGCAGCCGAGGACGAAAGCGCAAUACGAU